UCGUUCAAGCGAUCAGCAAGCAGUCACGUAAGCCCGCGUGCGGGCUCUUGCUUGGUUUUAGCUCCAAACUCAACGGCCACACACACCAACAACAUCUCGUCGGCGUGAUCGCCACUAGUUAGCACGUUCCUGCCUGUGGCGCCGGAUCUUCAUAUGAACACAGGGCUGAACUCCGUGAUGAGAGCUCGCCCACCUUGAACAAUGCUACGUGAGAGUCACCUGCUUUCCCGCUCCUCCUGUCACUUGACCGAUUCUUUCUUCCCUCGUUUGCUUGCUGUUGACUUGCCGCAGUCAUGACUUCCCUUUCCGCGCCUCUGUUGCCCAUGAAGGCCGAGGAAGACGCUUCAAAACUCAACAUGGUGCCUGCUUUUCUUGCCAAUCCUUCGACCACUUUCACCAAAAAGACCAUACACGGCGAGAAGCUCUACAAUGAUAUCCUCAAUCAAACGCUGGGCUUUGAAAAGCUCUAUUCGAUCAUCAUGCCCUCUCGAACCGACUUGCGGGACUCGCUCCAGCUGGCCGCUGCUCUGACGGAUCUCAAGAUCGACAUUGUCGAUGGCAAAACUGCUCCACAGGACCCAAAGGCAUUCCCACCGCAUGCAGAUGAUUUUGGCACCAAUAAUUCUGCCAUUGGAGCGUGGCGAGCACACAUGGAUGUUCUGAGAAUGAUUGUCGAGCAGAAUAUUUCUUCUGCUGUGGUGAUGGAAAGCGACGUUGACUGGGACUAUCGCAUCAAGCAACAGAUGCAAGGCUUCGCCCGAGCCUCAAGACUUCUUCAACAGCCAGAGGCUCACAAUAGUUGGUUCGAGGAUGGCGAUCGCCUCAUCCACCCGCUGCCCACCAUCACCCCAUACGGCGACGACUGGGACUUACUCUGGCUCGGCCACUGCGGCAUGGACCUGCCUUCCCCAGAUGGCCAUAUCCCGAUCGGUCGCGCAGCCUAUCAUGACAUAACUGUACCACCCAUCGAGAAGAUGAAACUUCGUGGCAAGUUCAAGAACGAACUCAAAGACGCGUACGGAGAGUGUACUCGCAUCGUUAGCCAUACAGCCGAUCCUCUCUGCUCCAUCGCCUACGCCGUGUCUCAGCGCGGCGCACGGAAACUUGUCUACGAAAUGGGCGUCCACAAACUCGAUGCAGCCGCGGAUCUUAUGUUCGCGUGGGCAUGUGAUGGAGUACAUGGAAGAAAAAUGCACAACUGUCUUACAGUCAACCCGCAGAUCUUCAAUCAGCAUCGAGCUGCAGGACCGAUGAGCAAGGCGAGCAAUAUCCAGCACUACACAGGCAAAAUCCGACAUUCGAGUACCGAGAACGUCAUGUACGGCACGAAAGUCAAUUUUGAAGCCCUGGUCAAUGGGAGACCAGAGAAAGAGUUCGUUGAAUAUGGACAUGAUUGGAGUCGCGAGGACGCAGAGGCGAAGAAGGCCGAAGCGGAAAAGGAGAAGAAGAAACACGAGAAAACGGGGCAAUGA